UUCUCUUUCAAUCCAAGGACAAAUCCUUUCAUUUCCAUUCUCUUCCAAAUUUCAUCACAUACCCCAUACAGAAAAUAAGAACAAAAGAAAAUAAAAAAAUUCAUUAGAAGAACAACACAACUACACAGGCAGUUGUAAGAAUGAAUUCGAUCUGCAUAUCUAACUGUAUCAAUGACACACGUGAUUCUCACAUUCGUGCCAACUAUACGAACCUGUAUAAGUGGCCAGAAUCAGAUGUAGAGUUUGUUAGGUCGUUGAGCCACGAGGGUAGGAGGAGAUGCCACGUGUACGGUCAGGAUCACCCGAAGGUGGUGGAUAGCAUCUCAUGUAGGCAGAUGUACCUUAGGAGCUACCAGUUUUCAAGGAAGGAGAGUGUCCCUCAAAAGACAAAAAGGUGUUUUAGGAGGGUGAAGGAGAGAGUAACACGUGGCAACCAUGGUGGUUGGAGGAACAACUGCAGAAAGAGGAUUAUUGGUAGACACCAUGGUAGGAGGAACAAGUGUCUGGUUUGGAGGAGACUGAAGCAAAUUUCGUGUGCUGCUUUGUUUAGGAUAUUCAAGAAGUUAUUGUCUUUUGCUGCCAGUGUAGAUGUUGUGAAGUGGGGAGAUUGA